AUGACAUACGACGAACACAAUGCAGAGGACAGCUGCCUAAAAAACCAGCACCAAGCCUGCCUUGCGCAGGACGAGUCUAUCAAUUUUAGUCAUUCUUCCACUUCCCCUCCGCCGCCGGCGAUCCAGCGCGGAGAUCCCGAAAAAUCAUCACCGGCCCCGGUAACGGCUCCGGGGUUCGAGUACGGAGCCACUGAAACCUCCUCCACCAGCCCGACCGAGAAUCAUGAGCCUAAUCUCGAGUUUCCCGAGGGUGGUCUUCAAGCAUGGCUUGUAGUCUUUGGAUCCUUUUGCGGCAUGUUUUCCGUGUACGGUCUCAUCAACACCGCUGCUGUCUUUGAGUCGUACUUUUCCGAGAACCAGCUCCGAGACUACUCGUCAUCCCAAAUUGGAUGGAUCUUUAGUCUGUACCUAUUUUUUGUUUUUAUUGUAGGCAUUCAGGUUGGGCCUGUCUUUGACAAAUAUGGCCCCAGACUUAUUGUUCUUGCUGGUGGUUUACUUAUUGCUACCAGUCUGUUCAUCCUCAGCGUUUGUCAAGAAUUCUACCAGAUCCUUCUGUCAUACUCGGUCAUGGGUGGUCUAGGAGGCGCCCUGCUCAAUUCUCCCUCCUAUGCAUCCAUCGCCCACUGGUUCGACGUCCGCCGCGGUCUUGCAACAGGCUGUGCGAUGACUGCAGGAUCAAUCGGCGGCAUCAUAUUCCCCGUCGUCUUGCAAAAGCUCCUCCCCAGCAUUGGCUUUGCGUGGACGACUCGUAUCUUGGGCUUCAUCAUCUUGGGUCUUACCGUUCCGGCCACGCUCUUUAUGCGAUCACGACUUCCGCGACAUAACAGAGUAACUUCUGUCUGGCCAGACUUUGGCAUCUUCAAAGACCUCAAGUUUACCUUUGCUGCGUUUGGGAUCUUCUUUAUGGAAUGGGGUCUCUUCGUACCAUUGACGUACAUUGUUUCCUAUGCUGGUAGAUACUCUGGCGAUGCCAAUAGCUCUUACACACUCAUUUCGAUCCUCAACGCUGGUUCAUUACUCGGUCGUUUUCUCCCUGGCUUUCUAGCGGACAAGAUCGGCCGCUUCAACGUCAUGCUUCUUACCCUUGGGCUGUGCAUUCUCUCGGCUUUCGCUUUGUGGUUGCCAGCAGGUGACUCCCAAGUCAUGAUCAUCGCAUUCGCGGUCGUAUUUGGCUUUGGUUCUGGCUCAAACCUGGGUUUGACACCUGUCUGCGUUGGUCAACUAUGCGACCCGCGCGACUACGGACGCUUCAUCUCGACAGCUUUCAUGGUAGCUAGUUUCGGAACCCUCAGCAGUCUACCCAUUGCUGGUGCUCUUCUCGAAGCUGGAGGUAACGGCGAUGCAGGCUGGACUGCUCUCAUCGUCUUUGAUGGACUGUCGUAUGUACUGGCGCUUGCCUGUUUCCUCGCUGCGAGAGUAAUGGCUGUUGGCUGGAACGUGAAGAGCGUCUACUAA